UUAAGUUCAGAAAAAAAAACUCUUCGGUCAUAGGGAACCAUUAUAGAUUCGAUGCAAAGUUUUGAUGCCUUGACCCACAAUCUUAGAGAGUAUUUCUUGGACAUGGGCUCUUUUCUUAAAGAUCAGAAGAUCAUUGCUUCCACAAUAAUCGAUGUAUGGUCUGAACUACACGGUAAAGAUAAUAUCAUCUGCAUGAAUUACCUUCAAGAGCUUGCCUCCCACAAUCUUCUUAAACUUCUUCCUCUUGGGAAAAAUAAGUAUGAAGAUGGAUUUUUCAAUGAGUUCUUGGUCAAACAAGACAACAUCUCAAGAGAAUUUGCUAUACAUCAAUGCGAAAAAGAGUCGUUAUCGAUCCUCCAAAGGAAAAGAUUAAACUUGGAUAUACAAGAGAACAAAUUUCCAAACUGGUGUUUAAAUCAAACACAGCCUGUUACUUUGAACGCCUCUUUACUCUCUAUCUCUACUGAUGAUUCAUUUACAUCAUGUUGGGUUGAAAUCCGUUGUCCAAAUGUUGAAAUUUUAGUUCUUAAUCUCUCUUCAUCAACUUAUGCAUUACCGAACUUCAUUGCUACGAUGGAGAAACUGAAAGUUGUGAUGAUCAUCAAUCAUGGUUUUGAACUUACAAAGUUGACCAAUUUGUCUUGUCUCAGCUUAUUACCAAACCUGAGACGGAUCAGAUUCGAGAAAGUUUCAAUCACUUUGCAUGACAUUCCCAAACUUCAGCUCAAAUGUCUUGAGAAGCUAUCUCUUUGGUUGUGUCAUUUUAAUGAUGCUCCCAACGAGUUAGAAGACUUAGAAGUUGAUGUUACUGAAACCCUACACAGCUUACAAGAAAUCGAAAUAGAUUAUUGUUAUAAUCUUAUUGAAUUACCACAUUGGGUAUCUCAGGUGGUUUCACUUAAGAAACUUAGCAUCACGAACUGUAACAAGCUAUGUAGACUCUUAGAAGGUAUAUGCAGCUUAAGGAACCUUGAAAUGCUGAGAGUCAUUUCUUGUAGUAAUCUCUUCGAGCUUCCUAAAACAAGCGAGAGACUCAACAAUUUGCGGUUGCUAGAUGUUUCUGGAUGCUUCCAAUUGAAAAAGUUGCCUCUAGAGAUUGGGAAGCUGCAGAAACUGAAGAAGAUUUUAAUGAGAGAUUGUUAUCGAUGCGAGUUGCCGGAUUCAGUUAAGAACCUAGAGAAUCUAGAGGUAAGAUGUGACGAAGGGACAGUAUUCUUAUGGGAAAGAUUCAAACAAAAGAUGAAGAAUCUGACAAUCAUAGAAGAAGAAACAGAACAUAACCUCAACUUGCUUCAACUGUUCUAAUGUAAGUUUUGCUUGUGUGAGAUAUUUUGCA